UUAAAAAGCUACUUUUCUGUCGUGACCGGGAGAGCAGUUGCUGCUGCUGUUCACAAACUUAAUCUACGAUGCCCUUGCAAAACAGGUCCUCCAGGACACGGCAGCGUACCGUCCUUUUAGUGGUCAUCAUGGUCCUGAUAGUGACAAUUGUUGCUGUGCUGGCUGCUGUGCUGCUGGCAAAUGGAAUGAAAGAGACUAGCAUGGAGCUGCUACAGUGGAAAGGCAGAGGAACCACUAAAAAUCUGCAAGAAGUCAUCCUCGGGAGGUGUUAUAAUUACAUUACAACAGUGAACCCUGAGCUGAGAGACAAAGAUUGCCAAAAAAUAUGGGAAAAAAUGCAAAAGGCGUUUAUUUACAAGAACCCAUGUAAUAUUACAAUAGAAGAUUAUCAGCCGUUACUGGAUUUGGCGAGUCAUCCUAUCCCCUGUAACAAGUCAUUAUUUUGGAGCAAGACAAAUGACCUUGUUCAUCGUUAUACAAAAACCAAUCACAAUUUCCUCACUCUGGAGGACACCUUGCUGGGCUAUAUGGCUGACGGAGUCUCAUGGUGUGGAAACCCUUCUAGUCCAGGAAUUAACUAUGAAUCUUGUCCAAAAUGGAGUGAAUGCGAGAGCAACCCUAGUUCUGUGUACUGGAAAAUGGCAUCCAAGAUGUUUGCAGAAGAAGCAUGUGGUGUGGUUCAGGUGAUGCUCAAUGGAUCAAUAGAAGCUGGAGCAUUCAGAAGUAACAGCAUUUUUGGAAGUGUUGAGAUCUUAAACUUAGACCCAGACAAAGUUUCUACAGUGCAGAUUUGGCUUAUGCAGAACAUCGGUGGACCUCCAAGGCCAGUUCAGCUGCUUCAGUGUGCAAGUGAUCCUGACCAUGCAGACUGCAGACUUUGCACCAAUAGUGUACAGUGAAACACACAAUACUCCACAUUGCUUAAAUCAUUCCUUAACUGUGUAUGAUACUGAACAAGAAUAUGUGUAUAGAGUACUAUAUAGUAUAAAUGUGUAUACAAACACUGUAUGUUACCAGAAAACCUUGCUGUGGCUGCAACACUCAUAAAUGAAUGAAAGGAGAUGAUAUUUUAGGUGCGGUUACUGUACACACACACACACACUUCCAACCUCUUCAGCCUGAGGGCCACACAUUAUUUCAGAAAGGUCAAAAGGACCACAAUAAGUGGUUUGGGUCAGAUUCUCAGCCCUGCUCCCCUCUCUUUACACAGCACAGGUGGUGCAAAGGGAACAGAAGCCACCUGUAAGUCCCCUGCUGGGGAUUCCCUGGGGUAGGGAAUACAUCGGGAAGAGCCAUAGCCAUUUCUUCCCUUCCUUCCUGGCACACAGAGGAGUGUGGGAGGAGGUAAGGGGAAGUGGCUGGAACAGCUGUGCUUUGGCUAUCCUCAGUGGGAAUGUGUUUCUUAGAAGACUGUUGCAAAAUGGUACAAGUUACAGCAGCCCGCAAGCUACUCUGAACCGUACCAGGGCAGGAAGAGACCUAAUCAGUUACAGUUGUCAGCUUCUCUUUUCCCCUCUCUCAGGUUGCCCUGUCUGGUUGUGUGAGGGAGGGCAGCCUUCCAUUGCUAGGCACUCCCUUAGGUCUGGCACAGCCAGUUGAUGUUCUCUCCUCUUCUCUCUGGAGCGCCCAGAGCCUGGAAGGGAAGCAUGCACCAGAAAAGGCAGAACUACUCUCACCUCCCUACCCAGCAUUGCAGUAGGUGGCCAACAGGGAAACUGCUGAGCAGCUGCUGCUAAGAGAUAGCGGCUCUCAGAGCACUUCCAGCUCACACCAGACCUACACCUGAGGCUGCAAGAGAGGAGGUGGGAGGCAGCUGGGGAAGAGGGAGCAACAGGGCCAAUUCCAACUCUUCCAUUUAAAAAUCACUGGGCACAGCUCUGGGAACACAUUUUCAGUUCAGAAUCAAAUAUAACAUUUUCUUCUUAGCAAACAGUCACCCUCACAGUCUACAAAGUGGCCUCCGUGGACUUGGUCACCACUGAGACAGAGACAGACAGGAAGAUCCCAAAAUAAGUAGUCUCUGCUUAGCUUCUGAAGUUGAUGGUGACUUCUUUGUAGCAUACAAUUUCCAAGCACACAUACCGUAAUACCAUAAACUGUAAUAGUUUUCUUAUAUUUCUUUUUUGCUGUCAUGAUACUCAGAUUCAGAUGAAACUGAAGACUUAGGGCCAGAAUCUGGCCUUGACUCUCUUCAUUUUGUGCUACUGUAAUGACACAAAAGAAGAGAGCUGGGGCUUUUCUGAAAUAUGGAAAUCCCCAGGUGGUAUAAUACUAGUAUAGCCAGCAAUUUGUCACUCAUUUAGGCACGGGGGUGUUCAUGGUGCAGAUUGGUAAUUCCUAGCCAGGUCUGUGACUGGGAAUGUUUACAUUAAGCAGAAUUUUAAUUUUCUAAUUGCACUCUGAUAUGUGGUUACUGCGAUUAACUCAGACAUAUAUCAAUAACUUUAAUUCUGUUAUUUCUGACAAGAGGGUUGGAGAGUUUAAUAUUGGCUUUUGUACAUAUUUUGUCAUAAUACAAAAUGUUGAAUGUAA